AUGACCGUUGCUGCACCAACUCCUCACCAAUGGUGGCACGAGCCGUUCUCGGUUGUCCAGACCAACCUCCGCGAGAUUGACGCGGGAAUGGACGUUGACGACGUGGCCCAUUGGAUCAAGGACUUUGGCGCGACAGCUUGGCUUUGUGGAGUGGGUGGCAUACAGGCCCAAUACCCCUCUGACCUGGCUUUCCAGACGCGAAAUCCGAACUUAGCCGAGAGGGCCAGCGGCGACCUUGUCGGCGAUGCUCUCGCCGCAGCCCAUGCCAAGGGGCUCAAGUUCCUCGCCCGCAUGGAUUUCUCAAAGAUUGCCCCUCACGUGGCUGCCGAGCAUCCUGAGUGGUGUUAUGUCUCUCCGCUGGGUAAUCUUCAGGAACACACAGCCGGCCUCGUCUCGGUUUGCCCUUCUGGGGGUUAUUAUCAGGAACACAUUUUCGAUAUCCUCCAGGAGGUGACGGAACGCUACAAGAUUGAUGGCAUGUUCUUCAACUGGGCCACCAUGAACGAGGAAGACUAUUACAAGGUGUACCACGGCGUCUGCCAUUGCGUCAAUUGCCAGUCAUUAUGGCUCGAGUUUGCACGAGGUCUUGAAAUGCCAAAAGGACCACAAGAUAUCAAUUACGGGAUCUGGCUUAUCUUCAGCCGAAACAUCAUAGAUGAUAUCACGGCAAAGAUACGCGAUUUUAUUGCUAAGAGACUCCCUGAAACAGCCCUUAUCAGGGGGAAAGCAGCUGAUAUUAUCUACCAAGAGUCAAAUAACGAAAUUGGCCGAGAGUUUUGGCAUCAUUCAACCUCGGAAUGGAUUAGCUCUUGGAUAUCUUAUCGGCCAAACGUACCCGUAUUAGCUAAUUCGACGUGUUUUAUCGAUAUGAGGUACCGCAUGGCCGGAGAAGAGCCAGCCCAGUUUGCCCAAUACUUGAUCCAAUGCAUUUCUCGCGGGGGUACACCCUCUACCUACAUGAUGGGAACACCAGGAAAGAUUCCAUACCCCUGCCUGGACGUCGCUGCAGAUAUAACCCGGUUCCAUACCCAGUAUCAUGAUACAUACCGCAACUUCGUGCCUUGCGCGCUCACCGGGCUCUUGCGGCCGGAUCGCGGAUACAUGGCAGGGCGGAGCUAUCAGCAAUCCUUAUCUGAGUUCCGGGGAUUAUACUCGGCCUUGCAAGAGAUGCAUAUUCCUUUCGACGUAGUAGCACUCGAGCAUCUGCCUGGGUUGGAGGCAAACUUGAGUCUUUCCCGUUAUAAGAACCUGAUACUGCCCGAUCUGCGUAAUGUUCCUCCAGAAUCCGCCAGCAUUUUCGAUCGCUGGGUCGAGCAAACGGGCGGUGUCUUAAUUUGCACGGGAUCGUCAGGCCAAGAGGAAGCUGGUUCAAUCCAACUCAAGUGCCUUCCCGUUCGCCGACGCCGCGCUGUUGUGGCCGAGGGCAGACUGUUAUGGUCCUCAUAUGUGGCGCCACUCCAGAAGAAGAAGGGAAUUCACUACUACAACGGCCCUAUGAUCCCUCUUUUUGGGGCGGCCAACUAUUUUGAGUGGAAGGAAGAUAGUGUCAAGAGUCACAAGACACUUUCCCGAGCACCCUUUGCUCCCCCGGAAAAGGCCUACGGUAAUAUCGAGAUCGACCAUCCAGGUUAUGGUAUGGCACAAUACGGUUCUGGGAAAGGUGUUAUGGUUCCUUUUACUGUUGGAAGGGGUUAUCGAGAAACUGGACUUAGUUGUCAGCGUGACUUUUUUCUGCAGGUAUUCAGGCAGUAUAGCACACCCGAGAAGCUCACAUUCAACCUUGCUGAACAAGUUGAGAUCACUCUGCAUCGGAGUGGCGAUAAGCUUGUCGUCCAUCUUGUCAAUAUGUCCGGCGCUCGGAGGCUCAACUUUGGUAGUCACAUUCCAAUUGAGCAGGGCUCGAUCAAGAUAGAAGGAGAUUCCCUCGGAGUGUCGGCGCGAGCUUUGAGGAUGGAUCAGAAGCUAGAGGUCAACGAUGGAACAAUCAGCUUACCACGACUAGAUCUAUUUGAAGUGGUGGUUAUAGAGGGAGUAGUGGAGAAUCUACAAAACGGAGUGACACAUUUAACAUAG